GCGUUUUUCAUGACCACUCUUUAAAGGGUUGCUUCUUUCCUGAUGCAAGUCUGGGAGACGUCGUGCAGUUUUUCUGACAGGGGAUGCGGUGAGAACACUCUCAUCUUUAAGAAUUGAGUGACUUCGUGACUUGGAGGAUGUGGACCUAGUGGCUGGAUUCAAGGACGAACAAGAAGAGAAUGUCAGUGGUGCAUCAGCUGUCUCCAGGAUGGUUAUUAGAUCAUCUUUCUUUCAUUAACAACAUAAACUACCAACUUCACCAACAUCAUGAGCCUUGUUUCAGUAAAAAUGGACCCACUUCAUCUGCCCACUUUGAUCCUCUUCAAAAGGAUUCUUUGAUGUCUUUGGGAGCCUCUGCUACAUUUAGUGCUUUUGACUCUACCACUAAGCCAGAUAAUGAUGCCAGAGGAAAUUGUAAAAUCGUCAUACAGAGAUACGUUUUUCGAUCUGAGCUAUUUAAUGUCACCAAACCUUAUAUAACCCCAACUGUUCACAAAGAAUGCCGACAAAGGAAUGAAAAGGAAGAUCCAAUGGAUGGUGUUGAAGAAGAAAACUGCAUUUCUAUUGGGAAGAAGCGUAAAAGAUGUGUCGUUUUCAAUCAAGGUGAAUUGGAUGCUAUGGAAUAUCAUACAAAGAUCAGGGGACUGAUUUUGGAUGGCUCUUCAGAGUUAAUCCAAGAAGGUCUCAAAAGUGGCUUUCUUCAUCCACUUUCUGAAAAAUGGGACAAGUGUAGUGAGCCCAUUACUUUACCACUUGAUACCUGCAAUUUGUCAGAAUUAUGUGCAAUGGCAAAGCAGUUGCCUUCUCUGAAUGAAAUGGAACUUCAGGUGUUACAAUUGAUGGAUGAAGAUAUGUCUGUUACAGAACAGGAUUUAUUUUCACGGGUUGUUGAAAACAACUCUAGCAUUACAAAAAUGAUUACUUUAAUGGGACAGAAAUACCUGGUGCCACCAAAAAGCAGUUUUCUUUUGUCUGACAUUUCUUGCAUGCAUCCACUUCUGAACUGUAAGAAAACAUAUGAUGUAAUUGUGAUAGAUCCACCAUGGCAGAACAAAUCAGUUAAAAGAAGUAACAGGUACAGCUAUUUAUCACCACUGCAAAUAAAGCAGAUACCUAUUCCUAAACUGGCGGCUCCAAACUGUCUUGUUAUUACCUGGGUGACCAAUAGACAGAAGCACCUACGUUUUGUAAAGGAAGAACUUUAUCCUUCUUGGUCUGUUGAGAUAGUUGCUGAGUGGCACUGGGUAAAAAUCACCAAUUCAGGAGAGUUUGUGUUCCCAUUAGAUUCUCCACACAAAAAGCCUUAUGAAGGUCUUAUACUGGGGAGAGUUCAUGAAAAAACUGCUGUACCAUUAAGGAAUGAAGAUGUAAAAGUACUUUCCAUUCCAGAUCACAAGUUAAUUGUCAGUGUGCCCUGUACUCUUCAUUCCCAUAAGCCACCUCUUGCUGAGGUUCUAAAAGACUAUGUCAAGCCACAUGGGGAAUAUUUGGAAUUGUUUGCUCGAAAUUUACAGCCAGGUUGGACUAGCUGGGGCAAUGAAGUUCUCAAAUUUCAACACGUGGAUUAUUUUGUUGCUCUGCAGUCUAGAAGCUGACUAUGAUCUUAAAGUUGUGAUUUUCUUCAGUUUUCCUUACCCCUUUUUCCCUCAUUCUAAUGGAUAUUUCGCUUUCUUACCAACCAGUAUGCUUAGAAAUGUAAAUAGUAUUUGGUUUCUGUGCAGAAGACCAGAAGUGACUAGUCUUUAUGUAAUUUUGAGAUGAAUUUACUUCAGUUGCACCAGUAUUCCCCAUUAUUCCAGGUUCACUGCAAAUAAAGAGGUAAGCAGUUAGAAAAAUGACAAGACUUUGUUAUCGAAAAAGUUCGGAAAGCAUGCACUGUGGACCAGAGGUCAUAAUUCUGUCAAUAGAUGUGUUUUAUUUGGCUCAUAUGGUGUUGUAAAAGAAAUUUGAACCAUCAUUCCGAAAAAUCGGGAAAUUUCACAUAAAGUGUAGAUUUUUGCUUUACUUUAAACAUCAGAAGCUCUGGCUGCACUGCAGUCUGUAUUCUUUCUGGGCAUGUCAGUAGGACCCAGUGGUUGCAGCUCACUUGGGAAGAGACAUGGGCUCUGCAGUUUACCACAGUAACACUUGCUCCGUGCCACUCGCUUGUGUUGUCUACUUGGCCUCUGUGCAACCCAAAUUUCUGACUUCUGGUAUACUGUUACAUUCUGGAAAAAUAUUGAGAGACCUACCAAGUACCUCAUCAUUGUACUGAGCUUAUCCUUUAUGGAGGGUUUUAAAUUGCAUUCAAGAUCACUCUUCAAGUACUUCUUAGUUUUGCUUGUUUUUUUAGAAGAUUUAAAAAGUAUUUCUUAUAAUAAUGUCAGAAGAUAACACUGCUUAUCAUUUGAAAGAUAUUUAUAUUAUUUACAGAUUUUCCAUAAAUAUUUUUUUACUAAAUAAAAUACUUUUUACUGAUAUUAUUUGAAAAGCAUGCUGAUUUAUUGUGUAUAAGCUUUUUAAAAAUUGAGAUACAAUUUCACAUAAACUUCUCCAAUUUUUACUAUAGGGUUCAAUGAGUUUAGAAAACGUAUGUAUGGUUGUCUGUCUACCACCAUAUUCAUGAUAUAGAACAUUUUCUUCACCUCCAGAAUUCAUGUGUCCAAUUAUAGUCAGUCUCUUCCUCCCACCCCUGGCCUUUGGUGAAGAAUGAUUUGUUUUCUAUUAUUAGUUUUGCUUUUUUAGAAUUUUAUAUAAACAAUCAUAGAAUAUGUAACUUAUUGUAUCUGGCUUCUUUCACUUAGCAUUUUGACAAAAGUAUUUAUAUAAUUUACAGCUUUUCUACAAAUAGUUAUCUGCUAAAUAAAAUGUUAGAUUGAAAUGGUUAUAUGACAGGGUUGCCAAUAUGUUUACUGAUUUUGCCAAUGAAAGAUGUUAUUUUUCAAGUUUGUUCAUUCUUUGAGCGUGUGAAUAUAGUAUUAUAGGGUUAACUUUAUAUUUAUAGGGAUAUUCUAACUUGUUACUGGAAUGGAAAAAAAGGUAUUAAACAUGAAGCAAACAUCUCACAACCUCAUUUGAAACUCUUUCCAGCUCUUGUAGUAUUUAUAGAUUUUAUAUAAUUUAUGGAAACAUUUUAUCCUCACCAAGGUUUUGGAUCUUUAUUUUUGCACCACAAAUACUGAUACUUGAGGGAAAAAGAGAGAGGAUUUUUCAC